CGAAAGCAGUCGUCUGCUCAUACUGACUGGACAUGAACCUUCUUAAUGAGGUGCACAGGGAACGGACAGGAGUCCACGUGGUCAUACUUCGCAUGCAAAUAAAAUGUCAUUAGGGAACAGGAAUGACCUUUGCUCGCAUGUGAUGGAACAUGAAUGGAUUUAUCGGAGAAGAUAAGGUCAGCUGUCUACCUCCGACAUAUCGACUGAUUAUAACCGCUUCCACCUGGCCGCAAUGGGCAGAAUGUGAUCGCGGCAGCAUUAUUAUCUGCAUGAAGGUGUAGUGUGUGUGUGACGCCAGAUACACGGCUGAAAUUCAGGAUUAUAUGUGAUAAUGAGACUUUUUAUUUUUAAAUUUACACGAGAAAAUCAACAGUGAUGCCCCGGGAUGGGAUUAACUAUUGCCAUCUAUUGCCAUUAAAUCAGGCGAAGCUAGUGUGACAUAUUUCUACCAAAUGUCAUAUAUGAAGACUUGGAGGAUUCCGUUGCCUGGUGCUGUUGAGGUGAUGAGGCCAUGAACUUAGUCUGCGAUUCAUACUGGACCAAUGAGAUGCUGGUGGCCAGAUCACGCAGAUGUGGUGGACACGAGGAGGUCAGCGCUACUGACGGAGACGACAGGACCUUCCUCAUCGUUGUGGUUUAAUGGAGCCUAUACACUUGAUGGAGAAGUGGUUAAACCCGCAAUACGUCAGCUUCGGGAGCAAUGUAAAGAAAACGAAUUGUACGACGAUGUGAGGAUCAUCGCGAUUAGACAACUGUGAUGAGUGUUUUCUAUCAAGGGCGGUAUUGUCAGUGAGAAGUUCGUGACGACCGUCGACAACAAUAAUAUUCCUGCAUUCCUUUAAAAUAUCGUUAUGCACUGUUGGGAUAACCUGUGUAAAACGGACAAGAAUUAACUGCAAGUGUUCUUACGGUGACAAAAGAUGAAAGGGUCAGAUCGGAAAUAUCGGUCAAGGUCAAGGUUGUGGACCUGGAAAUGACACCUGUUUCUAGUUGAUCGGUAUCUGCGAGCGAUGAACAACACCACCGGAGAGUGUGAAAACAUUUCUAGUGGCUGCGAGGUGUGGGAACUUCCGUACGGGGUUACCGUGCUCGCGUUGCUCUGUCUUUCCGUCAACAUCGUCGUCAGCCUCCUCAUCAACGCUUUGUUGAUGUUGAUACUGCAACACUCCCCUAGUCUGAAGACGCCCCCCAACAGCCACCUCCUCAACAUCUGCAUCAACAACAUCCUUCUCUGCAUCAGCAUGCUCCUCGCCAUGGUUGGCGUCAACGUCAACGGCGUCAACGACGUCACGUACGAGGUGAGCCAGGCUCUUUCUAGCACGCAGUUGUUCAUUGUGUAUAAUUCCCUCCUUCAGUACUGGGGGACAUUUGCAUGCAUUGGCUACUACCGCAAAAAGACAAUCAAGGAGCCGUCUCUGACCUUGAGGAUCCGGCGGCAAAUUGUGUCAAGGUCAAUCGCCGGAAAUUGGAUUAUCUCGCUUUUAUUGAGCACGACGUGCAGCUUGAUCUACAGAGGAACGAGUAACAUCAUGGAGACGACAUUAGACCCAUUUCGUAAGGACUAUUACCAAUCAAAAAUGUCAACCUUUGCCGCGGAACAAAUGACAAUCAUUUUAUUCAUUCUCGGUGUGUUCCUGGUCGGCUUCGUGACUAUAUUUUCUUCCUAUUACAGUAUUUUCAAGACAUUAAAUGUCACUGGUACUUUUGCCAAAAAUCGCGUGACUCCAUUUCAACGCGCCCCUAGUCUUGCCUCGGACGUGGCGGACCUGACAGUGCCUUGUGGACGGUCUUAUCAUCCUGCCGAUGCGCCAGCCGGUAGGCCGUUCACCGUCUCCCAAAAAUCAAAUGAUACACUUGUAGUGCACUACCAGAAGUGUGACAACACUCUUGCCUUUGAAGACAUUCUUGCCUUAGAAAACCCCAUCCGCGCCGCCAACUUAGUGAAGCAGGAUCACCAGAAGCGUCAAUUGCAAAUGACCUUGAGCAAUGGAAGCACAACUUCUACAAGGUCACGUUGCCCGGAUUUCUCGGACAUAUCACUGGGUGCGGAUCUCGAGCGUUUCCAGAUGAUGAAGAACAGCUCUGCCUUGAGGAACCAGUUUCUAAGACGGGAUCGAGACAGCUUGAGCAGUGCUAUCAGAAACAGCCUUGUUAUGUUCUGUGCCUAUCUCGUCUGCUCGCUUCCUCUCAUCUUUUGCAGUUUCCCGCGCGCUCUUGCUGCCGUCCCACCUCAGAACCGGGUGAUUACACUGCUUGUUUGUCGUCUGCUCUUCUUCGUCAACGCACCAGUGUAUCCCACCUGGUAUCUGCUGUUCAGCAAACGGGUGCGUAAGUGCUUGCGGCGAAUGUCGGACACAAUGCUUCUACGACUGAACGUGAGGCGGUGAUACACGUCAGUGAAAGUACAUUACAGGAACAGUUGGGAUUUUGUGAUGCCUUUGCCAAAGAAACAAUGAAAUGCUGUGAUUGGACCAGGACCGGCCUUUUGAUAUUUUUGAUAUCGGGUUUGUGUGGUUGGUUUUGGUUGGUUUGUUGUUUAACGCCGCACUCAGCAAUAUUCCAGCUAUAUGACGGCGGUCUGUAAGUAAUCGAGUCUGG